AAGCCGCAGGGAUUCAUCGAGGAAGAGGAGGCGACCAUGUUGAUUUAAAGGAAGAAGAAACACAAUAGAGACAAUUUAUUUCAGGACAUUUCCAUUUACUUCAGCAGAAAGUUGUUGAUUGACCGCAUUCGGAGCGUCGCUCAUAAAGCAACGCAGGAUUUCAGGUGGGACGUUUGAGUCGUCGGUCUGGAUAUUUUGGAGACGGGGACUUGGCCUCGCCGUGCACCUCGGGCCGACCGGAUCAUCCGCGCCGUCGACGGAGAGGAGGAGGAAUAAAACCGCAGCACAAAGGAACCGCACCGAGGACCCAACGGGGACGGAAAGCUUCUCUGCUUUGGACUAAAAACCUUGUUGGAUCUUCGUCUUUUUCCCAGAUGAAGCAACAGAACCUCUCCCGGAGGAAGUAGAUGAAAUUCUGGGUUUCUGGGGACGACCUUGAACAAAGCCGGAUCAGGGACAUGCAGCAGCUCUCUGGGACUCGCAGUAAAACGCAGAGAGGUCGCUGACGUUCUCGUUUUGGUGCAGAUUGCCUUAGUCGUUCUGUUUCAGGACUGGAACCACUCUGAUGCUUGUCCACGUAUAAUUUUUCUAUAUCGUGGACGAGUGGAUUUCUGCACAUGCUUGCAGAUUUCUCUUCAUUUCGAAGAGUUUUUGUGUAAAAAGCUGUUUUUGUUGGCUGCGCAGCCGCGCCCGCGCUGCGCCUUCCCGUGUUUAUAUGUAAAUAUUUUUGAGCCGUUUCUCUGCAAAACGCUUCAGACACACGGAUAAUAUCGUUGAACUCUUUAUCAAACUUUGACUUUUUUUUGUGCAAGAGAAUUUAGAAAAAGAGGCAAAAACCUUAAAAAAAAAAAUAAGUUCAGGAAAAAUGGCAACGGCCCGAACGGAGAACCUGGGCCCGGUCGUGAUGGGACUGAAUAAGCAGAACGGGCAGCUCAGAGGACAGCCCAAGCCCGCCGCAGGACCCCCCGCCUCGGCCCAGGGCAAGAACCCGGCCGGGGGCAACCAGGACGGGGGAGGGAUCCGCUUUGGAGACGACUGGAAGAAAUGCCUACAGCUCCCCCCGAGGGACACCAGGGUGAAAACGUCGGACGUCACGGCAACCAAGGGCAACGAGUUUGAAGAUUACUGCCUGAAAAGGGAACUGCUGAUGGGGAUCUUUGAGAUGGGCUGGGAGAAGCCGUCACCCAUCCAGGAGGAGAGCAUUCCCAUCGCGCUGUCCGGACGGGACAUUCUGGCCCGAGCGAAGAACGGAACGGGGAAAAGCGGCGCCUAUCUGAUCCCGCUGCUGGAGAGGAUAGACCUGAAGAAGGACCACAUACAGGCCGUGGUCAUGGUGCCCACGCGUGAGCUGGCGCUGCAGAUGAGCCAGAUCUGCAUCCAGCUCAGUAAACACCUGGGAGGCGUGAAGGUCAUGGCGACGACCGGCGGCACCAACCUGCGGGACGACAUCAUGCGCCUGGACGAGACGGUGCAUGUGGUCAUCGCCACGCCCGGCCGCAUCCUGGACCUGAUAAAGAAGGGCGUGGCCAAGGUGGACCGAGUCCAGAUGAUGGUGAUGGACGAGGCGGACAAGCUGCUCUCUCAGGACUUCGUGGUUCUCAUCGAGGACAUCAUCAGCUUCCUGGCCAAGAACAGGCAGAUCCUGCUCUACUCCGCUACCUUCCCCAUCAGCGUCCAGAAGUUCAUGGUGAAGCACCUUCAGAAACCCUAUGAGAUCAACCUGAUGGAGGAGCUGACCCUGAAGGGCAUCACUCAGUUCUACGCCUACGUGACGGAGCGGCAGAAGGUCCACUGCCUCAACACGCUGUUCUCCAGGCUCCAGAUCAACCAGUCCAUCAUCUUCUGUAACUCCACUCAGAGAGUGGAGCUCCUGGCCAAGAAGAUCACUCAGCUGGGCUACUCCUGCUUCUACAUCCACGCCAAGAUGAUGCAGGAAUACAGGAACCGCGUGUUCCACGACUUCAGAAACGGGCUGUGCAGGAACCUGGUCUGCACCGACCUCUUCACCAGAGGAAUCGACAUCCAGGCUGUGAACGUGGUCAUCAACUUUGACUUCCCUAAAAAUGCUGAAACGUACCUUCAUCGCAUCGGAAGAUCAGGGAGGUUCGGUCACCUGGGUCUGGCCAUCAACCUGAUCACCUCAGAGGAUCGCUUCAACCUGAAGGCCAUCGAGGAGCAGCUGGUGACCGACAUCAAGCCCAUCCCCAGCAGCAUCGACAAGAGCCUUUACGUGGCCGAGUACCACUCCAGCAGCGGCGACUGCGACGUGGAGGAGGUGGAGGAGAAACCGCACCGCCCGCAGGACAGCACCUAAAACAGAGCACCGCGACACUCCGGGCUGCAGCAGACGUCAUCGCUCGCAGCAAUCCCUCGUUCCCCGCCGGCUGGAAAGUCUGCAUUAGUUCCUCAGAGCUCUGCUUCUUAUUGUAAACUGUUGUUCUGCACCCGCCCCGCCCCACACCGCCCCCCCCCCCCUCCGCUCCAUCAGUUUUCUCCUGCAGCGGCCGCUCCGACGGCUGCUUGUCCCCGCCGUGCGCGCCCUGCAGCCCCCCCCCCCCCCCUCCACUGACACCGCUGUUGUCACUAAGUGCCUUACGUCGUCCCUCGCGCUCGCUCCCUUCACGUCCCGCUGCAGCAGCAGCAGCAGCAGCAGCAGCGUACGAGCACAACAGCAACCCAUGUUUCAGCGUCCGUUAUGCAAAAGAGACGGAGCGGCCGCUCUCCUGCUGAGGCGUGUUUCUAACGUGUUGCAAUAAAAAGGGCAGCUUUCUUUAAAUACUGCGCGACUGUUUCCCCACAUUAUGAUUUACAAACGAGCAGAAAUGAAGUCUAAAAAACGCCCCGCAUGAACUCCAGGGCGCGCACGCAGACCGCAGACAUACGUUUAUUUCCCAGAAUCCCGUCUGGCUGCUGUCGCCGGGGGGAACGAAGCGAGUGGAGAUGGUUCUGGUUCGGGUCCAACGGCGGUGCAGAACAACGGUUAACGCUCCCUGUCCCGUUUCCCUCUGGUUGUCCCGCUGAACGUGUCGGAGAACCCGGAUGUGUCGCGCUCAGUGAAUGUAUCAGAUGCCAAUGUUUGUUCUGCAGCCCAGUUUGACUCGAUCCGGUCGGUUCUGAGCUCAGGUCCACUUAACCCCGCAGGUUGGCGCUGGAAGGGAAACUUUUCCCCGGGCUGGAUGAACGUCUGCUUCUGAUGGGACUUGUGUGUAAAUUUGGAGCCAAACUUGCCAACAGUCGGUUUGAAUUGUCCCGUUUUUUAAGCAGACGUUGGUCCAGCGGAACCAGAACCCGGCACCAGAACCCAGCCCCAACCUGCCGGGUUAUCCCUGGACCGGGCCCGGCUUUCAGCCCAGAAACCUCCAAACGUUUCUGUCUGCUGCUGCUGUCUGGAUCUGGUUCCGGUUUGACUUUCCUGAUGGACCAGGGAGCGAUGAAAGCAGUUCUGGCCGGACAGAACCGGGUCAGAACGGUCUCCCCUCCUGCAGCAGCAAUAACCGCAGCUUUUCCUUCUCCUGCCCGGCUCCACUUUUUAGUUUCAGAACAAUGUGAGCGUUUAGUUUGGACCCGGCAGGACUGUAGCAUCUCUGAACCGGCAGCUGGGGCGUCUCCUCCCCUUACAGAGCAUCACUAAGGAUUUAGGAAAAAAAGAAAAAAUAUAUUUUUUUGCUUUUUAAGAUACAUUUUUGUUGCUUUUGGCAGUUCUGAUGGGUGGGCACAGAAACCAAGUGUUUAAUGGCAUCUUAAAUCUCUCUGGUACUUAAAUCUGGGCAGAAAUCUUUAGUUUGAAAUUAUUUUUAGUUUUUUUUUUUUUUUUUUUUUUAGUGCCAGACGGAGCUGGGAGUCGGACCGGAGCGGUUCUGGAAAACAACGUUGAUCUUCUGUACGUCUGUUUUCCCGAGCGGCUCGAUCCGUGUUCCUGCCGGGCAAAAUCUUUAUCCAAGGUGUUAGAAAAGCGUCUGGAACCGCCACCGGGAAGCUGGAAUGAUUCUGUUUACAUUUUCCCAUUUAAAAACCAGAAAACAACCUUCAUCGGAGGAAGAGGAGGAAAUAUUUUUACCCUUUCUGGAAACUGAUUUUCAGGAUCGAAGCAAAACCAAAAAAAGUGAAUGUGGGUUGGAGGUCAGAUGUGUGUGUUUCUGUAUGUGUGUGUGUGUGUGUGGGGGGGGUGGGGGGGGUGGUAUGUGUGAAUGUGUGUUUCUGUGUGUGAAUGAUGAUGUUUGGAUCAGUGGAGAACCGCCGGCACGCAGCUUCCUCUGAACCAGGAACAGUCAGGAGGACGAAUCAAACGGAGCGAAGCUGCAUGUCGGCGAUUCCGUCUCUUAUCAUUCGUCUGAUCGGGUUUUGGUCCAGACGUCCAAUCAGAUGCGAGCUCUCGUCAGGGAUGUGAUCUUUGUCUUUUUGUGUUCCCCCCCCCCGGUUCUGAUCACAUCCCUGACGAUGGAUCCGUCAUCAUCAUCUCCUCUGGGAUCCAGUUCCAGGAUUGGUUGGUGAGACUCUCUCAUCCAAGCUUAUUGUCAGAGCCUAAGCUAAACAUUCCCGCUAGAAGGAAAACCUUUUUGUGUCUCUGGACCGGGUCCAGCUGCAGCCGAGCCCGGAGCUAGGUCCGAUUGCUUUGGUCCGACUGGAAAUCAGAGGAGAUCAUGAUGAAGAUUGUCUUUGUCUUUGUUUUGUGUCUGCGCUCUGAUGCGGAGCGAUGGGGGGUGGGAAGGGGGGGGUUCUGGGUCCAGGCGAAUUCCUGAAGGAGGAAACUAAACCAAACCUACAACUUUGACACCAUGAUGUGAAUUUCUGCGCCGUAAAGUUAAAUUGGAUCCUGAAACCUGCUGCUUUGAUUUGAUCUGGCUCUGCUGCUGGAGGUUUCUGACUCGUCCCGCUUAGAAUCCAUGGAAACGUUUUGAUUUGGCUCCAACCGCCUCCAGCACUUCAAUCUGGACUUUGUGCUCAGGAAGUCUGUUUAUUUUCCUCCUACAGGUGGCUUGAUGCUAUUAAAUGUGAAAAAAACGUAAAACUUUGAUUGGCUGAACUAAAUAAACUGUAAUUUGAUUUUUUUUCUUUUCCUUUGAGGAAAUUCCAGUGAAUUGUUGAGCAAUCUGCCCUCUACUGGUGUAACAUGGAAAAACAAGCAGGGACUUUAAAUUCAAUAAAUUGACCUGAACUUUC